AUGGGGCCGCGGGCCGCGCUGCUGCCGCGGGCGGGGGGCGCCGGGCUGGGGGGGGGGGCGCUGCUGGGGGCUGCCCUCCUCGGGGGGGUCCUGCUGGCCGUCCGCGGACACCCCAACCGCGACGGGGAGGCGGCCGAGCCCUGCCGAGCCUGCCGCGGCCUGGCCGAAAGCUUCAGCAGGGGCCUGCAGCGGACAGAGCAUGAGGGCUUUGGCGGGGGCAACACGGCCUGGGAGGAGGAGAAGCUGGCCAAGUACCAGCACAGUGAGACCCGUUUGCUGGAGGUGCUGGAGGGUGUCUGUGCCCCCUCAGACUUCACCUGCAACCAGCUGCUGGAGCGGAGCGAGGACCAUGUGGAGCAGUGGUGGUUCCAUGAGCAGCAGCAGCACCCUGACUUCUUCCAAUGGCUGUGCAUGGACAGGCUGGCACUCUGCUGCCCGCCUGGCACCUACGGCCCUGACUGCCAGCCCUGCGCCGGUGGGCCCCAGCAGCCCUGCAGCGGCAACGGGCGAUGCGAUGGCGAUGGCACGCGCCGUGGCACCGGCCUGUGUGUCUGCAGCCCGGGCUAUGGCGGCCCCUUCUGCGCCGAGUGCGGGGACGGCUACUACGAGGCUUCGCGGAACAAGAGCCACCUGGUAUGUGCCGAGUGCUACCGGGCCUGCGGGCGCUGCACGGGGCCAGAGGACUCCAGCUGCCUUCGCUGCAAGAGGGGCUGGGUGCUGCAUGAGCACCGCUGCAUUGACAUAGAUGAGUGUGGCACGGAGAUGGCACACUGCCGAGCCAACCAGUUCUGCGUCAACACAGAGGGCUCCUACGAGUGCCGAGACUGUUCCACGGCCUGCAUCGGCUGCAUGGGUGCUGGGCCAGCUCGCUGCAAGAAAUGCAACAAGGGCUACUGGCGGGAUGGAGCCAAGUGCCUGGAUGUGGACGAGUGUGCCAGUGCUGAGGAGCCAGUGUGCACGGGGGUGCAGGAGGUGUGCGAGAACACGGAGGGCAGCUACCGCUGCGUCUGCGCCCGCGGCCACGUCCGGCGGGACGGGCAGUGCGUGGAGGACAAGCCCCCUGAUGCCCCGGAGAAGGGCUUCUUUGACGACGUGACAGACGAUGAGGUGGUGGUGCUGCAGCAGAUGUUCUUCGGCGUGAUGAUCUGUGCCCUCGCCACGCUGGCCGCCAAGGGUGACAUGGUCUUCACCGCCAUCUUCAUUGGCGCCGUGGCUGCCAUGGCUGGCUACUGGCUGUCCGACCGCAGCGACCGUGUCCUUGAUGGUUUCAUGAAGGGCAGAUAGCUCUGGGGCUGCCAGGCACGGGCCGGGGGUGUCGGGCUCAGCCUGGGGCGCAGGGCCUGACUGCCGCGGCUGGACCCUGCACGAGGUGCUGUGCCCUGCAUGCAUCCCCCAGCUCCGUUAGCCUAGGGUCUCACCUCCCCUCUGCAGAAGAAGUUGGGGUUGCCUGGCCCCCGCAGGGCAGCCUGGUGAUGCCGAGCAGCACAGCAUUGCCGGGGGGGGCACAGCAUGCUGCCCCAGCCCCUAAAGCUCUAGAGCAGAGCUGGCACAGCAGCAGGUAGGGGGUGUGGGGGCAGGUCAAGGGGUGCUCUGGCACUGCUGGGUUGCCAGGAUGGUGAUGUCAGCAGAGCUUGGCACUGCUUCCUGCCCAGCCAGCAUCCCCUGGGCUGGGGGCUGCUGGUCCUGUGGAACUCUGUGUACCCCCCCCCACCUGUGAGACCAUUCCCCGUGGGGCAGUGGGGGGCUGGGUCCCUGCUCUGCCCCAAGCCAUGGAGCUGAGAGAGCUGCCCACCCCAAAACCCUUUGUUCCCCAUCCCUGGGCAGAGCCCAUCUCUCCCCUAGGAGGCUGGGGGGGCUGAGGGCUCCCGGCAGGGUCAGGGCUCCUCCCAGGGUUCCCUGCCGGAUGCAUGAGUGUGGCCAUUGCAUUUGUCUGUGGUUUCUCCGUUGGGGUGUGCCCAUCUGUCUGUGUGUCCAUAUCUCAGGAAAUAAAGCUCUGCACACCCA